GAUUUUAAAAAAUUUCUAUUCUUUAUCCAUCAAAAUCAAUUAUGUUUAAGACUUUAUUCGUAAUUUUGAUUUUUCUUGCUGGUUUAUCAUCUGCUUUGCCAGCAAAUAAUGAAUUAGUUAACACGCUUAUUAAGCGAAACGAGUGUUCGUGUAAUGUCUUCUUCGCGGAAUUUGGAGGUGAACAUGACUCGAAACGUUCAACCGGGUCGAAUGGAGCUGUUGGUUUUAUGAUCUUCUCUCAAAAUGAACAAGGAGAAACCAAUAUCGCUGGAAUUUUCAAAUCAGGCUUCACAAAUGUCAUCAAGUGUCCAAAAAUUGUGAUCAAAGAUCACUGCGGUAGAGAACUCUUUGACCUCUCAGAGUUGAAUGUACAACCAACAUCCGAUAGUGGCACGAAAUCUUUCAGAAAAGUGUUUAAAGAUCUCAACAUUAACUGUGGUCCAGACAGUAUUUUUGCAAAAAAUGAAAAGAGUUGCGAUAACGGCAAAUAUCAGAAACGCCAAGGUGGUGGACCUACUGUUUCUGUUAUUCCUCCGAAUACAAGUUCGGAAUUGAUGGGCCCAAUUAAUGUUUAG